AUGCCCAAAUUCGACCAGUUAAAAGAAAAUCAUCUACUCAGCCAGAGCCUAGUUCUACUCAGCCCAGUAUUCGACCAUUUCUUUUUAACAGCGAUAUUCAGCCAUCCAAUGGUGACAAUCAGUUAUCCAAUGACGAUCACAACAGCGAGGUUGUGUCCUUUGUGUUUCAAUCAUUUUACUGCCAAUGAAAUUGCUGCACAUGUGGAUGAAUGUGCUCAUCGGUUUGACCCUGUUGGCAUUGUGAGUGAUGAUGACAAUGACAAUGAUGUGGAAAAUAUUAUUGGGAUUUCAGUCUUAUCAGGUGAACCCAAAAAUACCAGUGUCGAUCCUACCAUUAAAGAAAUUAUGGAAGUUAUUUCAUCUAAAUUGUGUCCAAAUGUUAACAAGGAUAAUACAAAUAGAGUUUCUAUUAGAAGAAAGUACGCCUUUCAAGAUUAUGUAGGUGCACGCAAAAAUCCCAGAUGA